CACACCUCAGAACUCUCCCGAACCUCCUCGACAAUACAAGAAUCACCCAGUAACCAAAAAGGCGGGAAAGAACCGUCAAUACUACUCAUCUCAACCGUCCAAAAACCCAAUCCAACGGCUGAUAACACACAACACAGAACUUUCCAGAGAAAACACUCGGCUCUUUAAAAGCAAGCACCCACCUCUCAGUUCUUCACAAUACAUACAAUCAAAUCAACCAAGCAAUCAACUAAGCAAUUCUGCUCAAACUUCUGUUAAAAUUUCUGUUCUUUUUUUUUGUGUGUGUGGAUUUUGAAUAAUUUAGAAUGGCUGGUAAAGGAGAAGGUCCUGCAAUUGGAAUUGAUCUGGGGACAACUUACUCUUGUGUUGGAGUUUGGCAACAUGAUCGUGUUGAAAUAAUUGCCAAUGAUCAAGGUAACAGAACGACACCGUCUUAUGUUGCCUUCACCGACACCGAACGUCUGAUCGGUGAUGCUGCCAAGAAUCAGGUCGCUAUGAACCCGACCAACACUGUUUUCGAUGCGAAGAGGUUGAUCGGACGGCGAUUCAGCGAUCCAUCGGUGCAAAGCGACAUGAAACUAUGGCCUUUUAAGGUCAUUGCUGGCCCUGGCGACAAGCCUAUGAUUGUCGUCACCUAUAAGGGUGAAGAGAAGCAAUUUGCAGCCGAGGAAAUCUCCUCAAUGGUGCUUGUAAAAAUGAAGGAAAUCGCCGAGGCGUAUCUUGGUACUACUAUCAAGAACGCUGUCGUUACGGUUCCUGCUUACUUCAAUGACUCUCAGCGGCAAGCGACGAAGGACGCCGGUGCGAUUUCUGGGCUCAAUGUGAUGCGUAUCAUCAAUGAACCUACUGCUGCUGCUAUUGCCUAUGGUCUCGACAAGAAAGCGAGCAGUACCGGUGAGAAAAACGUGCUGAUUUUCGAUCUUGGCGGUGGUACUUUUGAUGUCUCUCUUCUUACCAUUGAGGAGGGUAUCUUUGAAGUGAAAUCUACUGCUGGUGAUACUCAUUUGGGCGGUGAAGAUUUUGAUAAUCGGUUGGUGAAUCACUUCGUUCAGGAGUUUAAGAGAAAGCAUAAGAAGGAUAUUAGCGGGAAUCCAAGAUCGCUGAGGAGAUUGAGAACUGCUUGUGAACGGGCUAAGAGAACUCUCUCGUCCACUGCUCAGACUACAAUUGAGAUUGAUUCUCUCUAUGAGGGUAUCGAUUUCUACACGACGAUUACGAGGGCGAGAUUUGAGGAGAUGAACAUGGAUUUGUUUAGGAAAUGUAUGGAGCCUGUGGAGAAAUGUUUGAGAGAUGCGAAAAUGGACAAGAGUACGGUUCAUGAUGUGGUUCUUGUUGGUGGCUCCACCCGGAUUCCGAAAGUUCAGCAAUUGUUGCAGGAUUUCUUCAACGGGAAGGAGCUCUGCAAAAGUAUUAAUCCUGAUGAGGCUGUCGCGUAUGGUGCUGCAGUUCAAGCUGCGAUCUUGAGUGGGGAGGGUAACGAGAAGGUUCAGGAUCUUCUCUUACUCGAUGUCACUCCAUUAUCGCUCGGACUGGAAACUGCUGGUGGAGUUAUGACCGUGUUGAUUCCGAGGAACACGACGAUUCCUACAAAGAAAGAACAGGUGUUCUCUACCUAUUCGGACAACCAGCCGGGAGUGUUGAUUCAAGUUUAUGAAGGGGAGCGAACCAGAACCCGCGACAACAAUCUUCUCGGGAAAUUCGAGCUUUCGGGCAUUCCUCCAGCACCGAGAGGCGUUCCGCAGAUCAAUGUGGUCUUCGACAUUGAUGCUAACGGAAUUCUGAAUGUUUCUGCUGAGGAUAAGACUACCGGACAGAAGAAUAAGAUCACCAUUACUAAUGAUAAAGGGAGACUGUCCAAGGAGGAGAUUGAAAAGCUUGUUCAAGAUGCAGAGAAGUAUAAGGCCGAGGAUGAGGAGCAUAAGAAGAAAGUGGAGGCUAAGAAUGCGCUUGAGAACUAUGCUUAUAACAUGAGGAACACCAUUAAAGAUGAGAAGAUUAGCGCGAAGCUUUCCGGUGCUGAUAAGAAGAAGAUUGAAGAGGCUAUCGACUCGGCGAUCCAAUGGCUCGAUGGAAACCAGCUAGCUGAGGCGGAUGAGUUUGAAGACAAGAUGAAAGAGCUGGAAGGUAUCUGUAACCCUAUCAUUGCUAAGAUGUAUCAAGGUGGUGGCGGUGAUAUGGGUGGAGCUAUGGAUGAGGAUGGUCCUUCUUCCGGUGGUGGAACUGGUGCUGGUCCCAAGAUUGAGGAGGUUGAUUAAGUGGGUUAGGUUGUUUUUGUUGAGAUGUUUGUUUUGUUCUGUUUUCUUUACCUGUUCUGUUUGUAGUAGUAUAAUAUGAUAAUGGGUUGUGUAAGUAUUUGAAAUGGUUAAUGUGAUCAUUUUGUUCUUCUGCAA